AAAUAUGAAUCGUGAAAUGUUUAGCAUUUGUGUUGUGGUGUCGAAAUGCCUAAUAGGCAGCUAAAAUAGAGCGAAAGGCUUAGUUAUGUUAGAAUUGCCAUGUUAUUUGUAGUGUAUGUUAAUUGCAUAAUGUCAAUAAACGUGACAGUUAAUGCAAAUCCGGUAAGUGUCAAAAGAGGAAAGAUGUUGUUGACAGAUGUCAACGAACUGAAGAAGCAAGAAUUAAACAGACGUCGAAGGAUUCGAAUAGAACAGGUUCGUCAGCAGUCAAAAGAUAUUGCUGAUCACAUCCGAAAAAGAGUUCAACGGAAAAAAGAUAAUGUUUUAAAAGCAGCUGAGAUGAAAGAGAAUUUAGAGUUACAAAAUUGUCAGGAGAGAAAACUGAAGUCAUUGCAACAGAAGUACCAUGAAUGCUUACAUGAAGUUGGACUCGCUCAUACACAUGCAGCACUUCAGCCAGACCCAGUGUCAGUUUUGGCUGCACAAAUAGAAAGAAUUUCUGACCAAGCAAAAAUAAGAGGCAAACAAGCACUUGAAAAGCAAAAAGCAGAGAACAGGAAAGCCUCUGAAACUGAAGACCUCCGUAAAACACCGAAAAAAACUGUUCGGGCUGCAGAAGACCUUAUGGCAGCAAAGAUUGUUGCUGGGAAGAAAACAUUUGAUGACAGAGCAGAAAGAGUACCAUUGAUGUCAACUGCAGUAAAUGUUCAGAGAGCUCCACCAAAUAAUAUAGUACCUCAUCGGCCCAUGAGUACUGGGCCUAAGAAAGUACAACAGGCAAGGGUAACAGAACACCCACCAAAAGAUUUAGUACAACUUGAUGGUGACACAAGUGAUAGCUUCAUCUCAGCUUCAGGUUCUGAUGAGGAAUUACUGGUUGCCUGUUAUGAAUUUGAGCCUACUACAUCUUCCAGAUACAGUGGAAAGUCAUAUAUAGUGGACGGUGCAGCAGAUUUUGGUAAGGUGCCAAAGGAUUCUUACUCAGAUUUCAGGGCCACAGAACAGAUACGAGGAAGAAAGAAAUCACCACAGUUUCUAGAACUUCCUGAGGUGAUAGAUGACGAUGACGAAGACGAUGACGAUGACGAUUGUGGCGGCGGCAGCAGGGAGACACCAGAUAGCCAGGAUAAAGGAUCAGAUAAGUACUUCAUGUCCCGUGAUCAGUUGUCAUCUUCUCAAAAUCCUACAUCAUCUUUGGGUACUGACAGCAAGGGACCAGUACGAGAUCAACAACCUGAAGUUGUGAAUAGCGAGACCAAUGACCCGAAAUCAGAUAUGUCGAAGAUAUCUAGCACCGAACAGAAAUCUGUGCUUCAACCUAUGAUUAGUGAACAGUUGACAAGUUCUGAGACUGCUUCACACUACUCUCGACCCAGAACAGUUCCUGUGUGGCGAUCAAAAGAAUCACGGAGGAGCAUGCUAUCUUACCCGUCCAGCCGCCAGGUGCACUUUUAUGACCACAGCUCUCGGUAUCAGCAGCAGUGCUUCCAUCCAAAGGACGUUGUUCAGAAAAUUGACGAACCAUUUCAGAAAACUGCAGUGCAGCUUGCUGAAGAAGUUACAGCUGCAUCAGAAGCAACACAGAAGGAAAGCCUUAAAACAAAGCUACAUCGGGAACAGCUGCAACAGUGUCGGAGCAGCCAGGCCUUGGCUAGGGAAAGACUGAAGCGUCAGUACAACCUCCUCCUCUCAGAGUUGGAAACUUUAUCUCGUAAGGAGCGACUUGCUAGAGCUCUAAGUGUGACAGCGCCAGCAAUUCAUAUGAGUGAAGCAAGAUGGAAAGAGAGAGGAAAUAUCAGACAAAGAAACAUGGAUUCAGUAUUUGAAAGACUAUACUACUGUAGUAAGGAGCCACACACUGAAGAUGUGUCAUGUUUACAAGAAAAAAUAUCAGACACCCUGUGUAACAAGGGGAAGAACAAAGCUGUGGAAUCUGACGUGAAGUUGAAUGUCGGACACUGUGUACCGCCACAAACAGCAGUGCGGGUACCUGUAUCUGGGAAGGUAUUCGCGUCAUCUCAGGUUAUGCACAGUACAGCUGUUUCAGAGCCAAGUGAACAGCAACCAUUCGGUGGACCCUUACCUUCUAAGGAAUCAGAGAAAGCAUGUCAGUCCCAGGCUUCUCACGCUGAGGACCUUACAGAUGGAGCUGACAUCCAUCUAGAAAAAACUUGCCCAUUAGUGUCAAAGCUAUCUGGGAUAGGACAUACUCAUCAGGAAAGUGUAGCUACCACGAGUGAGGCAGUUCCUGUAAGUGCUUCUUUUUCCUUGCAAACAACAAGUAGCAGUUCGUCGAGUGAUGUCUCAUAUAAUAGAGGAACAUCAACAAAUACUGAACUGAAAAUUCUCAAUUCUAAACAUGAAAUAGAUGUAUUGAGAAAUAAGAGUACAAGGCAGACUGCUGGCAAUAACUGUCUCGUGAACAAAAUAAUUUUGUCUGAAUGUUCAGACACUUUAGUGACCACAGAUGUCUCCCGAGCUGAACGUAAGCGAGAGCCACUAAAAAAUAGUUUGGAGAAGAAAUCUCAAAAAUGUGGCCCAUCCAAACAUUACGAGUCAAACGACGAAGGAGACUGUAAAGAACAACAGAACAGUGCACAUAGUGAACAAGUUUUGAGGAAGGCUAGCGAGACAAAAAGGCUGAAAUUGCUAAGGAGUAAAGGAACUGAAGGUAAAAAAAUGAAAGAUAACUUUGAUAAAGUUAAGUUAACUGCUUUUGGCUCCUCAUCAAGUCUGGCCAGUGACUACAGUGUGUUAGGUAGUAGAGAGAGGUGUUACGCAGAGCCAGAGAUAAGUGCUACCAGUACUGAUUCUCACAGUUCCUAUGGUGAUGUAAAGAUUGUUGUUAAGGUUUGUGAUACAUCACAAGAAUUAAUUGGAAAUAAACUGUACGAUACUGUCGACAGUGAACGAAUGAAUAGGGAAACUGAGGAAAGGAAACAUUGUAAACAACAUUGUUGGGAGAAGGUGCCUUACAGAGGUGUUUUCACAAAAGAACUGCAGACACAGCCUUGGAAAAACAAGUCUUGUGAAACACGAGAAAAUCUUAGCUGCAUUGGUACUUGCCCUCAGCUCGACUCGGGACAGGAGCAGCUUGAUCCCACAGGGCUUAUAUCGUGUAAAACCUCAAGGCUUACGGAAAACAAAUUGAAUGUUGAAAAAACCUAUGGAGAUGAUACGGUGCAAGGAAAUAAAUUACAUGAUGAAAACGAUGGUACUUCUGAUUCAGAUGAUAAUGAGGAAAAGCGAGACAUGGUUUCCAAAGAAUUAGAUGAAACAAUGAAUGAAACAUCUGCAAGUACAUCUUAUUUUAGUCCACCAGAAAAAGUGUCUACGGCUAGAGCAAAAGAAAUUGAGUCUGCAUUGGAUGCCAUAAGCUCAUUUGAAGUGAAUACACAGAAAAGUGAUAUCACUGUUGUAGAUACGCAGAUAAGCGUAAAUCCACAGCUGAGUUGCUACAUCCGUAGAUUGUUAACAAUGAGUAGAGAGAGCAUUGAAAAUUUGAGUGUUUCCAUUAGCAGUACCUCAAUACAACCUGAAGAAAUAGUUAACUGUUCAACAAAUCAACCAUUAAACAAUAACGAAUUUGAGAACUCAAACUGCCGUAGAGCUUGGGUAUCACUAUUGUCUGGUAGACAUGCAGAUAAGUUAGAAAUUUUACAGCAAAGGGCAUUAGAUAUGAAACAAGGUACCGAACAAACUAUUGACAUUUGUGAUACAGAUGUUAAAAUGUCACAUCGUGCUAACUCCAGUACUUGCAAUGAUGUGCAGUUCACUGCUCCUACUGCCACACAGCUACCUGAUGUUUCUAGUCAGGAGAAUAGAGAUUCUAACUCAGUUGAAUUACAAGAAAAUAAAAAUUUUGAAGAAGGUGCACCAGCAUUACAAUGUGAAAAAGUGACCCCAAGUGGUGCUGGUGCUGGUGCUGUCAAUGAAGUAAACCACAGUGAUUUAAUAGUAGCCAUGAACAAGAGGAUUAUUAGUGCAAUCAAUGAAAUGAAUGGAACAGUCUCGUCCCUUCCUUUGCAGUCAAAUGUUAUGGGACUGGAAAAGGCUGUCAGUAAUACGGGUAUGCAAAAUGUUGCUGAAAUUACAAUAGCUACUGACAUUCCAUCACCAAAAAUGGAUUUAAGUGACCUGGCAGAGAAAUACUCUCAAAGAGUUUCUGACUUGUCCAAAAAACUGGAACGCCUUCGACUUGAGAAGCAACAUAUCAUGGAGAUAUCCAGUAGUGGUAGUGAUAGAGAAGUGUGUGAUGAAACUGCGUAUUCAAGUCCUCCCCUGAAAAUGAGCAUUGUUCCAGAUGUUAAGCACCCUGUAAUUUCCCUCUACCAACCUGAAUAUGUGCAACCACAAAUAGCACCACUGACCAGUGUUAUUUUUCCGACAUCACAUGAGGAAUAUAAUGGUGCAGUUCACAAUUUUAGAGGGAAACCACCAGUGUCUCUCAACCAGAAAUUCAUUAGAGAUAUCUGUACUCCCCAUGAACUGUCAACAAUAAUAGAAGUGAAUUCUCCGCAAGUACCUCAGGCACAGGCAGCUAGUGCCACUGAAUUAGUCACAAAUAUUGUGGAAGAUAAAAUUAUUGAUAGUAAUACGCAAAGUUCUAUCCCUGAAGUAUCUGCAACUAAAGAGAAAAACAAUAGUUCUGUUGAGGAAGGACCUUCAUCUGCUGAAGAUAAGAGUUUAUCAGAUUGUGGUGGAGAUGUUGUAAGAGAUAUAAUGGCUGAACUCUUAGAGCGAAAAUUGUUGACAAGCCCUUACCACUGGUUGAAAGAUGAAUAUGAAAAGAAGCUUGCAGAACAUGAAAGUUCAGUGGCUGAAGCAGCCUUGUCCAAUGAGGAUAGCGAGAGAGAAAAUUUAGGUGCAAAAACUUCAAAAGAAAUUUUAAAUAGCUCACACAAUGUCACAGAUACUCCAGAACACACAUCGUUCCAAACAUCUUCAAAGUCUGGAAACCUAAAUAUUGAAGAAGAAUGUCCAUUUGCCUGUGGUACUAGUGUUCACCAAACAGAUUUGCACAAUGUGUUUGAGAAACUGGGAAUAGGAUGGGCAAACAGUAUGCUACAAAAAACUCGACAAGCAAUGACCUACAGUUCUUCCAGCUCAGAGAACUCACAUGAUUUUUCUGCAUCACGCAAAAAGAAUUCUCUAAAAGAUGCAAAAACAUCCAGGGAGGAACAUCAGGCUCUGAAAUGUGAAACUAGUAAGUCAGCUGUGAUCCAAGACUUACUGCAGUACAAAAAAGAGCAUUUUGUACCUGCAACCUUAAGUUUAAAAGAUGUUUCAAAGCAGAAGUCAGCUAACCCUGAAAAUUGUAUAAAAUCAAAUAUUUCUAAAACCAGAGAAACAGAAAUUUCUACUGCAAGAUGUGUUGAUGAAUGUUUAAGUAUAAAAGUUCCGAAUAUUUCUUUAACUACAAAAUUAAAACUUUCUGUAAGUGGUUCUAACAGCUCAUCAUGACAGUAACAUUUAUUGCUGCCUGUUCCACUAGUCAGCCUAAAGGUUAAAAAUUUGUUUUGUUUAAUAGAUAAAG